AAAAAGAAAUCUCAAAGAACCAUAUAUAAUAAUAAUUAAAAAAAAUAAACGGAUCAGAUUAAGCCACGUCUUUUGAUCAGAGCCCUAGUUCGACCAUAUAAAUAUAGAAAAAGAUUACUCUCGUGAAGCGUCACCUUCUUCGACCUCCAUUGUUAUGACCUCCACCACCUCCAUGGGCGGGAAGAGCUUCAUCAUCCCAACAACCAAUAAGUUUCUACUGAGCUUAACCGCUCUCUUUCUCGUCGCCUUCUUCUCUCUCCAUCUCUCUCGCCACCUCGAUAUUCCACGUAUUCCCACCUCAAACCUCACCGCCGCCACCACCCUCCAAUACAACAGCGCCGUCACCGAUGAUGAUGACUCUCGACCCAUCCUCCGUUACGUCUCAUCAUCGCUUCACCACCACCACCACUCCGUUCUUCUACCUGAUUGGGAGGUUUUGCUCAUCGUCCCAGCCAAUAACAAAAGCUUUGAUUUUUUCGCAGAUUAUGUUUGUCUAUUUCAGAACAACGCCAUCUCGCCGGUCACCAUUGCCGGAGCAUUGUCGAGCGAUAGAUUCGCUUUCAAGUGCACUAUGCCUAAUAGCGUUCGACGUCUCCGCCCUUUCCUUCAGCCUGUUAUGACACAGUCAUCGGAGAAGGAGCUUCCGCCGCCGCCUGGCCCGAUGCCGGUGCUUGAUAGGUGGACUUUUCUCGUUUACGAAUCGGUUUCAACAGAAAACGACGUCGUUUUAUUCGCUAAGGGACUUAACAAUCGACAAUGGAUCAACCGUUCUCCGAGCGAGUUCAAUUGCGUGUUCUAUCAUGACUCCGUCAAUAUCAACUCCGUUAAAACCUCCGUUACGAGCUCCGCCCAAGAAGUUUUCAGAUGCCCUCACCCGAACAUAACGGUGCCGUUUAUCUCUAACGACUCCGACAGCGGAGGACAGCACAAAAUCAAAGUCUCUAUUGAAAUAAUCAGCGAGAAUAAUUUGGUGGUUCCGUCUGUAGCUUAUUACGUGCCACGUCAGAUUCCACAGUCAAAGUCAAAGUCUCAACUUUGCGCGUCCACCAUGGUCUUCAACGCAGGUAAGUUUUUGAAAGAGUGGGUUAUGUACCAUUCGAAAGUCGGAGUGGACAAGUUUAUAUUAUACGACAACGACAGUAACGACGAUAUUAAAAACGUCGUUGAAGAGUUAAACGACGAAGGAUUCGACGUAACGACAGUAUUCUGGAUUUGGCCCAAAUCUCAAGAAGCUGGGUUCUCCCACAGCGUGGUCCACAGUAAGGAUUCGUGCACUUGGAUGAUGUACGUCGAUGUGGACGAGUUCGUUUACUCCCCAUCAUGGACUAAUUCCCCAACCCCAUCAAAAUCAAUGCUAAAGUCUUUACUCCCUCUCCCACCGUUUGAUCAUCCUAAUCACAUUGGUCAAAUCUCGAUCAGAUGCAACGAAUUCGGUCCUUCUAGUCAACGGUCCCACCCAAUAGAGGGUGUGACUCAGGGGUACACGUGUCGAAGAAUUGUGGAGCAGAGACACAAGUCUAUUCUGCUACUGGAUGCAGUGGAUUCAUCGUUGCUCAAUGUGAUUCACCAUUUUCGGAUUAAAGACCAGUACAAGACGGUGACGGUGAACAUGGACAAAGCGGUGGUGAACCACUACAAGUACCAGGCUUGGAGUGAGUUUCGGAACAAGUUUCGAAGAAGGGUUUCGACAUACGUCGUUGAUUGGAAGGAGAAGGCUAAUAUUGGGUCCAAUGAUCGAACACCUGGGUUGGGGUUCGAGGACAUCGAGCCGAAUGGUUGGGACCAGAAGUUCUGUGAGGUUAGAGAUGAGAGGUUGAAGAUGAUUGUUCGGAGAUGGUUUGGAUCUCCAACGUCGGAUGGUUAUUAUAAAUUAGCUUGGCAGACAUGAAACUAUAUGAUUAUGAUUUUUACGUAGGAAAGUUUUUAUUAUUUAAAUUGAAUUGGGAUUAGGAUUAAAAAAAUUUGGAAAGUUUGAAAUGGGAUUUGCUUAAUUUUAGAUUUUGAUUGCUUGUAUAGGGUUAGUUGGUAUAUUCUAUGAUGGGGAGUUAGAAUAACUAGAAAUAUUUAUAAUAUAUUCUUUCUUUUGUGUAGAGAUAAAGUAAUUUUCAAUUGGCAUUAUUCAAUUAUUAUUUUUUUGUUAAUGUCCUAAACUUCAUAAAUGUUAAUAUUUAAUUUGUCACACCACAUGAUGAGUUGAGUUCUCAAUAUAUUUCUCUUUGUUA